GGUGCUAGUGUGGGGUGGGCGCUGCUAGGGUGAGGUAGGAGGGCAGCGAGUUCGAGUCCUGCCUCCGCGAGCCUGAACGGGGAGCCGCUUCUCUGGGCUUCUGCAAUCCGCUCAGGGGCGAGGGGAGGAGCGGGUGGUUGGUUGUUUUCCUCUCCUUCCUCGUUUUUCUACUCGCGCGGAGGCCGCGGUUUUCUCUGUGGGGCUCCAGCCCACAGAGACAGAGUUUACCAGGAGUUUGUACGGACUUCGGGCUCCGGCCCCCCGCCCCGCCGCCGCCAUGCCCGUCUUCCACACGCGUACCAUCGAGAGUAUCCUGGAGCCGGUGGCCCAGCAGAUCUCCCACCUGGUCAUCAUGCACGAGGAGGGGGAGGUGGACGGCAAGGCCAUUCCGGACCUCACCGCUCCCGUGUCGGCCGUGCAGGCCGCUGUCAGCAACCUGGUGCGGGUUGGAAAAGAGACUGUGCAGACAACAGAAGACCAGAUCUUGAAAAGGGAUAUGCCACCAGCAUUUAUCAAAGUGGAGAAUGCCUGCACCAAACUUGUUCGGGCAGCCCAGAUGCUGCAAGCAGAUCCUUAUUCAGUACCAGCUCGUGACUAUCUAAUUGAUGGAUCAAGAGGCAUCCUUUCUGGAACAUCAGACUUACUUCUGACAUUUGAUGAAGCAGAGGUCCGUAAAAUCAUCCGUGUCUGCAAAGGAAUAUUGGAAUACCUGACUGUGGCAGAAGUAGUAGAGACUAUGGAGGAUUUGGUGACAUACACAAAGAAUCUAGGGCCAGGAAUGACAAAGAUGGCCAAAAUGAUUGAUGAGAGACAACAGGAAUUAACUCAUCAGGAACAUAGGGUUAUGCUGGUAAACUCCAUGAAUACUGUGAAGGAGCUACUACCAGUACUUAUUUCAGCUAUGAAGAUUUUUGUAACCACGAAAAACUCUAAAAGCCAGGGAAUAGAAGAGGCAUUGAAAAAUCGCAAUUUCACAGUAGAGAAAAUGAGUGCUGAGAUAAAUGAAAUCAUCCGUGUAUUACAACUCACUUCCUGGGAUGAAGAUGCCUGGGCAAGCAAGAAGGACACUGAAGCCAUGAAAAGAGCUUUAGCUUUAAUAGAUUCAAAGAUGAACCAGGCAAAAGGUUGGCUGAGAGAUCCAAAUGCACCUCCAGGGGAUGCUGGUGAGCAAGCAAUAAGGCAAAUUCUUGAUGAAGCUGGAAAAGCAGGAGAACUGUGUGCAGGCAAAGAACGCAGAGAGAUUCUGGGAACAUGCAAAACGCUGGGCCAGAUGACUGAUCAACUGGCUGACCUCCGAGCUAGAGGGCAGGGGGCUACACCCAUGGCUAUGCAGAAAGCACAGCAAGUGUCACAAGGUCUGGAUUUGCUCACUGCGAAAGUGGAGAACGCAGCCCGCAAAUUGGAGGCCAUGACAAACUCUAAGCAGGCAAUUGCUAAGAAGAUUGAUGCUGCUCAGAAUUGGCUUGCAGACCCUAACGGGGGCAGUGAAGGAGAAGAACAUAUUCGGGGAAUUAUGGCUGAAGCAAGGAAAGUUGCAGAAUUAUGUGAGGAGCCUAAAGAAAGAGACGAUAUCCUUCGUUCCUUGGGGGAAAUCUCUGCUUUGACAGCUAAGCUGUCAGAUCUGCGACGACAUGGGAAAGGUGACUCUCCUGAGGCCCGUGCAUUGGCUAAGCAAAUAGCUACAUCACUUCAGAAUUUACAGUCCAAAACAAAUAGGGCUGUAGCAAAUACCAGGCCAGUUAAAGCAGCUGUCCAUUUGGAGGGCAAGAUUGAGCAAGCUCAAAGGUGGAUAGACAAUCCUACAGUUGCUGAUCGGGGAGUAGGCCAGGCAGCAAUUCGGGGUCUGGUUGCAGAAGGCCGUCGUUUAGCCAAUGUGAUGAUGGGACCUUAUCGUCAAGACCUGCUUGCCAAAUGUGAUCGUGUGGACCAGCUGGCUGCUCAGCUAGCUGACCUCGCAGCAAGAGGGGAGGGAGAAUCUCCUCAGGCCAGGGCAAUUGCUGCUCAGCUUCAGGACUCACUGAAGGAUCUUAAAACACGGAUGCAAGAGGCAAUGACCCAAGAGGUUUCUGAUGUUUUUAGUGACACCACAACUCCUAUUAAACUGUUAGCAGUAGCAGCCACUGCUCCUUCUGAUGCUCCCAAUAGAGAUGAGGUGUUUGAUGAAAGAGCAGCAAACUUUGAAAACCAUGCUGCUAGACUGGGAGCUACAGCAGAAAAAGCAGCUGCAGUUGGAACUGCAAAUAAAACUACUGUGGAGGGCAUUCAAGCAACAGUGAAAUCUGCAAGGGAACUUACCCCACAGGUAGUAUCAGCUGCUCGUAUCCUCCUGAGAAAUCCUGGCAAUCAAGCUGCUUAUGAACAUUUUGAGACCAUGAAAAACCAAUGGAUUGAUAAUGUAGAAAAAAUGACGGGGUUGGUGGAUGAAGCCAUUGAUACUAAAUCUCUGUUGGAUGCAUCAGAAGAGGCUAUUAAGAAAGAUCUUGAUAAAUGUAAAGUUGCAAUGGCCAAUAUGCAACCUCAGAUGCUGGUAGCUGGUGCCACCAGCAUUGCCAGACGAGCAAACCGCAUCCUACUGGUAGCAAAACGGGAGGUUGAAAAUUCAGAAGACCCUAAAUUCCGUGAGGCUGUUAAAGCAGCUUCUGAUGAGCUAAGCAAAACUAUAUCGCCAAUGGUAAUGGAUGCUAAAGCUGUGGCAGGAAACAUUUCUGAUCCUGGUUUGCAGAAGAGUUUCUUGGAUUCUGGAUACAGAAUUCUGGGAGCUGUGGCCAAAGUCAGAGAAGCCUUCCAGCCUCAGGAACCAGAUUUUCCCCCUCCUCCUCCUGACCUUGAGCACCUUCAUCUGACUGAUGAGCUUGCUCCUCCAAAACCACCACUUCCAGAAGGUGAGGUUCCCCCACCCAGACCACCACCACCUGAAGAAAAGGAUGAAGAGUUCCCAGAGCAGAAAGCAGGAGAAGCUAUUAAUCAGCCCAUGAUGAUGGCUGCUAGGCAGUUGCAUGAUGAAGCCCGAAAAUGGUCUAGCAAGCCUGAUGUGACUGUGAUUAAUGAAGCGGCUGAGGCUGGUGUAGAUAUAGAUGAGGAGGAUGAUGCAGAUGUUGAAUUCACUCUCCCCUCUGACAUUGAAGAUGAUUACGAGCCUGAGCUGCUGUUAAUGCCAACCAAUCAGCCCGUUAACCAGCCCAUUCUGGCUGCUGCUCAGUCUCUGCAUCGGGAAGCAACCAAGUGGUCUAGUAAGGGUAAUGACAUCAUUGCUGCUGCUAAACGAAUGGCGCUGCUAAUGGCAGAGAUGUCACGCCUGGUGAGAGGAGGUAGUGGAAACAAGCGUGCCCUUAUUCAGUGUGCGAAGGAUAUUGCUAAGGCAUCAGAUGAAGUCACUCGAUUAGCCAAAGAGGUGGCAAAGCAGUGCACUGACAAGCGCAUUAGAACAAACCUCUUGCAGGUCUGUGAGCGAAUCCCAACCAUCAGUACACAACUCAAAAUUCUUUCCACUGUCAAAGCCACCAUGCUGGGCAGAACUAAUAUCAGCGAUGAAGAGUCGGAACAGGCAACUGAGAUGUUGGUUCAUAAUGCCCAGAAUCUCAUGCAGUCUGUGAAGGAAACAGUGAGAGAAGCUGAAGCAGCAUCCAUUAAGAUAAGAACAGAUGCUGGAUUCACUCUUCGCUGGGUCAGAAAGACCCCCUGGUAUCAGUAAACACUUGCCACAUAAGUAUUGUUUUCUGUAACAUAAAAUGCCUUUUUUUGGAAACAGAAAAGAUAUAUUCACAGCAAACGGUGCUGUAUACAUAAGCUUAAGAUUAGCUUAUGCUAAUGCCCCAUUCUAAGGGUAUGAAUUGUAUGAGAAUGCAUUUCAAAUGUCUUCAGGACGCAUUUGAUAUCGAACACCUCAAAAUUGCUUCCAACAGUAGACAGUUCUUUAUUUUUUUUUGCUUUUGAAGAUUCUCUUCCCAAAAGCACAUUUCAUUUAUGCACUGUAUAUUCCAGCAGUUUCCAUGUGGCAAUAUAAAACAUGGACCUCACUUUAAGCUUGUGUUGAGAGUCUAGGACACCAUUGGUUACUCGGCAGUUUUCUAGGGACAAUCACUGAUAUAGAAACAUUCAAUUUUUCAACAGGAUUUUAGUUGGCUGUUCUUAAACCAUGCAGAAAUGAUGGAAGGUGUGGGGGUUUUAAUUAAGGAGGGGGCAGCAGAACAGUUGUAAAUUGACAAAAACUCCAUGUCUGAAAUUAUUUUUUUUUUGCUUUUGAUUUUUUCCUGGCAUCAGUACUUUAACAAAAACUGGAGCUGUCUCUGUCAGCCUCCUGUCACCCUGUAGGUAGGCAUUCCAGAGCUCUUGCACUGAAAUGCUGUGCAGUGGAUGUUAGUGGCACACUGACAGCUUGAACCGUAUGGCUGGAGACCUUAAAUCAUGGAACUCUUUCCUUCUUGCUCAAUUCAGUAAUGCAUUGAGCCAAGAAAUCCUGGUUCUCUUAAGCUAGCUGCAUCUCCAGGACCAGAAAAUGCCACAUGCUGGCUCUUUCCUUUUGAAAACCAAAUAAGCACAUGCAAUUCUUCUUCUUUCUUCUACCCUCCAUCUAAUGCUAUUCCAGCCACUCAAGGUGGAAAUUAAAAGAUAAAGAUAUUCAGUUAAAAAAUACCUUUUGCCUCACUGCCCUUUCCAACAACACAUAAGCUUUUUGAAAACCAAGUGCUGCAGGGACACAAAACCUUUUAGGUAGUCUGGCUACCAGCAAACGGUGGUUCCUAAUGCUAAACAUACCAUGAUAUUUUUUUUCCAAAUUCUAGUAAUAGUGAAUUGAACAAAGUGUUGCUGUACCUUUUACUGUUGUGGUUUUGUCUGGAUUUUUUUUUAAAAACCCACAAAAUCUCCCCACUCUAUCACUAAAAUAUACUUGGGAUGCUUUUAUCCUUCCAUAAUUCAACAUGCCUUCAUAUAUAUAUGUGUGUGUGUGUAUAUAUAUAUAGACAUCCACACACACAUUCAUUUAAUUGCUCCAUCGUCUCCUCUGACAUUUGACAAGAGAGGAGAAUUAUUGUUUGAGAAUGAGGAACACAUGCAGACUUCUGUCCAGAUCAGCACUGGCCUCAUGAUGCCCUCUUAAUUUGCUGAAAAUUGUUGCACGAUCAAACCACCUUUAACAGAAGUGCCCUUGUGGAAAAACUGCUCAGUCUUAACAGCUUGAAGAAACACACAACAGUCAGCUGUCCUUUACCUGUCUGCAACAUUUAUUCUACAGCUGGACUUUCUCCCCUCCCCCCCCCCCCCCCCCCGCCUUGGUUGCACUGUUGCCUAAAAAGGGAAGUUAAACUGAUUAUAAUACAUCUGCCUCAAACUGACCUUAGCAAGAGAAAGCAUGCGUUCGUCUUGAAUUCACUCCUUGUGUCUGGGUAUUAGAAAAUACGUGGUACUUGGGAUCUUUCCUUAGUGUUCUCUUCCUGCAGUUACUUUCAACAGGAAGAGGAAGGAAGGGGUUGCCAGAGCCUUAACCUGAAUGUCUUGCAUUUGGUUGGUUUAUACCAGAUCUUUAACAUAAUUGUAAUGUAGUAAUUUCUAUUUAAUAGUAAAUAACACUGAAUAGGUAGGGGUUAUUUUUAAGGGAUUUUCUAAAUAGUCUUCCUGUAUUACUGUUCAAUGAUCCUCACACUUCCUUCCCCCCCAAUUCAGGCUUCUCUGUGAGAUUUUUUUUUAGUGUCACUGUUUAGUUGCUUGACUGAUAUUAAUGCAAUAUUACUAAUGCCUUUAAUACAUAAUUGUUUAUGCCAAAGAUCACUUUUUGUUUAUCAAGGAAUGUUUGCAGGAAAGUUAUGAAUCAUGGUUGCCUUUUAUAUUCUUCCAGAAUGUUUGCUGUAAGUUCUUGAACUGUUUUGUAGAAGCUAAGAUACCUGUCCACCUUAUGCAAUUACUGCUUUUUUGAACAUUAUUGGUCUUCAGACCUGAAAUGCAGCAAAAAUUUGAAAAAGACCAUGAAUGUCAUGUAGGAAUGUUUUACCACUAUAAAACUUUGUUUAUAAACCAAAAUGUAUUGUAUAGUCUAAUGUUUUCAACCUUUCUUUGGUUCUGUCAAAACAAUAAAAAUGCAUUUGUACAAA